AGUGUGCUGGACCCGUGGUUCCUGUUUGGGAGAUCAAAGUCGCGGGGUGGUCUCCGAUCGUCGUCGGCACGAUGAAGUCCUUCUGCUGGAGGCCGCAGUUUGCGAGGAAAAAGGUUCUGUUCUCUGGCGAGGACCUCCAGUCGAACGCCGAGAUGAGCAGCCAGGCCAAGAUCCGCAGAAAGAAGCAGACGCUCGAGAAGAUCAGCAUGCCAAACUACAGUCAAAAGGACCCGAAGACCUUCCGCACCAGCAUGCACAUGGAAGUGGUCGAAGACAAUGAAGAGGGUGCGCACGAGACACAGCCGUCAGAGAACGCGAGCACCAUCGUGAUCCAAACGACCCCCAAGAGCCCCGAUGGACCCAGCUCGAGGGGCACGCCCGACCAGCCACACGAACAGCGGGACAAGCCGGCCAAGCCAGGCGUAUGGAGCCCGUGGUCGAAUGACAACAUCACAGUGAAGAUGGAGCAAGCGAACGGCACUCUCAAGGUCAGCGCCGAGGGCGCAUCGCCGCAGCACGCGGCUGACGUCGCGAAUGGCAGCGUCACACCGGGAUACCGGCCCGUCAAGUUCACGCCGACGGCGCACUUGGUGCAGAGUCCGAUGCAGGCACAACAGGAGACAGUAGCCACCACUCCACCCUCCCCCACGGCAGCCCUCAAGUCGUGCUGGAACCCCAUUGUGAGCCAGCUCAAGGAGCAGCACUCACCAAGGGCCGAGCAGCGAACGUCGGCCGGUACCUCUCCGCUGAGCACCCCAGGCACACCUCCGACAGUGUAUCCCAUACCGCCUCCGCCACCUGCAUACCCGGUGCCUCACAGGAGCCCCUCGGGUCUGCCCCCAUCUCAGAGCCCCACGGUCACUCUGCUGCAAAAGGCACGAGAGGGCCAGAUUCCGAAGGGAGCCCUUUACAUUGAUGAUCACCGCAACGACUAUGCCGCCUGUGGACAGCGCAGAGGUGAUGUGAAGCACAAAAAAUCUUUUGAGACGACUUCAACACUGAAACCCGAAAACACAAAAAAGCCACAGCAGCGCACGCAUCCACUGACAACACAGCCUCGGCGACCCGGCGCACGGCCACUUGAGCCUUACGUGUACGACCAGCGGGUGACAGUUGACGGUGACAGAGUGCACACAGACACCUACUAUGCCAUGCCUACGGUGAAGGAGGUGCAGUCGGGACACCGCACCACCAUCCCUGCACCACCGAAGUACGAGGGCAUUGGGCCCACUAUAAAUGGCAUCCCUGUAGGAUUGCGCACCGAGAGGAGGUACCAGAAUGUCAAGGACGAGUAUGCCAGUGAUUGGUACAAGACCAUGUUCAAACGGCUGCACAAGCAUGGAAGUGGUGACUACCAAACUGUUGACUACAGAAGGAGAGGUAAUCAGCACAGCGAUGGAUACAUGUCGGAGCCAGAUUUCUCUAGAGAUGAUGACCGGCCCAUGUUUGGUGGGAAGGGAGCCAAGAGGGCCAUCAACAGGAGUUAUGCAAAUGGCCUGUCCACAUUACCUGGGUCCUACAAGAUUCAGCCACGCAGUAUAGAAGAGUAUGAACCUGGCCAUUCAUCAAUUGCAGAGAGAGAGGCAGCUUUCACAUCUCGGUACUUGCCUCCUCUGGAUACACCCAAGCCAAAGUACACUCUGAGUGAUGGCUAUGAGUCGGACUCAACACUGAUUCGCAAGACUGGCAGCCGGAUGAACCACCUGGACUCCCGUCAGCAGCGGGAGUGGUACAAGGCAGUGCAACGGGGAGAAGACAUACCGCUCGAAGGUCUGGGAAAACCAGCGCCCCAGAAGCCACCAGAGCCCGUCAUUGGACCAUACCCUCCUCCGGACAAUUCUGACCUCGACGAAUACGAAGCUCAGCUUCACCGCUACCUGGAGUCGCAGGUAAACAUUCACUACCAGACGCCUGUGCGCACAGAGGAGAAGGAGUACAUUGAUGAAGAAGAGCUUCGUCGGAGGCAGGAAGCUGCUAUGCGAAAGUUUUACGAGGAUGAGUUCCACAAGAAGCAGCAGCGUCAGUCGGCAGAGCUGGAAAUGAGGCGCCACAAUGACAACCUGUUGCCAUCGCAAAAGUCUCCAAUCCCACUCGACCGAUACGAGAACUCUUUCGAGCCAACCGUGAGUCGAACAUACCGACCAUCUGAGCCGAAAACCCUGGCGAAGGUGUUAUACAACUUUUUUGCCCAAUCCCCCAAGGAGAUCAACCUGCGCAAAGGUGACCUUGUCUACAUCCGGCGCAAAGUGGAUGCCAACUGGUACGAAGGGGAGCACCACGGCCUCGUUGGCAUCUUCCCCGUCAGUUACGUCGAGGUGAUCCCCGCUGAAAGUGCACACUUGCAGCCAAAGCGUGCUUUGGAAGGCUUGGCUCGUGCCAAGUUCAAUUUCUCGGCCCAAACGCCCGCCGAGCUGUCUCUCUUCAGGGGGGAAACAGUGGUGCUGGUGCGGCGAGUCGACUCCAACUGGUAUGAGGGCCGCAUGGGCACCAAGCGUGGUAUCUGUCCUGCUGCAUACCUCGAGGUCAUAUCAGAGCCACAAGAGAUAGUGUCAACGACAGUGUCACCCAAGCCGCCUGCAAGUCCUGUGUACGGCCCCAUUGUGAGUGAUGCCCGGCCCCAGAGGAGUCCAGCCAGCUACAGCCCACAGAGCAUUUCAUUCGCCAAUCGUGCGAGGAAAAAAGGAGUAUCUAAGUGCAUUAAUAAGACAUUGGGUCGUCGCAAGGAGAGCCCCUUGAUGACAUCAAGUGCUUUGCACGUGGACAGCUGCGAGCCGAUAUCGUACCGUGUGCUGUACAGCUACCGGCCUCAGCACGAGGAUGAGCUGGAGCUUCGCGAAGGUGACACAGUGCUGGUGAUGGAGAAGUGCGACGAUGGCUGGUACCUGGGCAGCUCUCUGCGCACAGGCCUCUUCGGCACCUUUCCAGGCAACUACGUCGAAAGGAUAUAAGGAUGCCACAACAGGUAGAGGCACGGAGCAGAAGGUGAUGUCUCCACUGGUCGCCAACCAUUGCACCUCUCAAGCACUGCACUGUGCCAUGAAGCUUACCUGCAGCUGAUGUUCACGGCUACCUUUGUUCUUUCUUGGUUAUUUGCCUUUUUUUUUUUGCCUCGAAACGGUCAGCGUACUUGUAAUGGCCCACGAGGGUGUCUUAAUUGCCAUCCCGUUGGUAUCAGACAUCUUUGAGAUGUUAUCUUCAUGGCCGUACAUUGGGUGCCUCUUGUAACUAAUUCUUGAACCGACUGUGGUCACUUUAGCCUAAGAGUUGGAAAAAGUAAUCAUGAGUGCAUUCUAGACUAGGUGAGAAACUCUAGUAGGGCAUAGUAUAACUGCAAAAAAAAAAAGAAAAGCUGAUAGGCUGUACUUCAAUAGUUUAGGUAUGGUUUUUUUCUUUUCUUUUUCUGUAUAAUUAUUUGCAAAUGCUGUUUUUUUUUAGAACAUUUAUGUCUUGUUGAUGUUGAAGUUUUGUUUUAAUUGUUGCUUUUGAACACUUAUAUCUUUUUUUGGACAGCUUCAAAGUAAGGGGUGGCACGCGACUGUUAUUGCUAAGGUGAUUUUUGUCCAUGUCACUCAGAAGGCCACUCAUUUUUAUUUCAGCCUCUGCCGACAUAAACGUACGGGUUCCAUCUCAUUACGACAGAGCAAAGACUGUACUGACCAGCAGUGGCAUUUUGCAGCUUUGCCAAUCAUUAGCCAAGCUACAGCGAGCAAUUGUGCAACACAUUGCACAUUUACGGCGUUUUCCUGUGCAUUCUGUGCUAUCUCCUGCUUCCAUCUUCGAACGAUUGUGAGGCAUUUGUUGAUAGUCUGCUUGUGCUAAAGCACAAGUAAACAUACUUUAUUUUAUACUAAUUAUCAGUUGAGAGUGAAAAGCAGCAUUUUCUUAAUGAAUAGUUAUAGCUUGUUUGCCGCGCUUCAGUACGGUAGUAGGCAUUAGAUUGUCUAUUCAGAAUAGGUACUGUGAGACCUCAGCCCCAUAACUGCAAUGGCUGCUGUUCUUUGUUCUGAUUUUUAUUAUUAUUACUACUAAAUUUUUUGAUAAAGAAAGCCCUAG